UUUAAAGAGGUAUUUUGAGCCAUUAUCUCAAGUUUGAGUUAUAGUGCAUUGACAUCUCAAGAAUAGGUCAUUCUUGCAAAAAACCUCUUUACUGUUUCAGAAAUCCUGAAGCUCUCUGUUACGAUUACGAAUGUCCCCAUUUCUCCAUCUCCGGCGAUUCUUAACCUGAGCAGAUUUUUCUCAAGUUAAGUUGACGAACUAUGCGAUUUCAUUUUCAGCAGCCAAUUUCUCCAAGGAAGAGGCAUCAGCAUCCCACAAAUGCCCCCUCAAAUCCCUUCAAAAGCCCACAAGCAAUACUUCUACUACGGCCACCGCCACCGCAAUCCCAACCAGCACCGCCCCACCGUCUAUGGCGGCCUCUUCUCCAACCGCCAAUCCAUCUCUCCACCCAACCCUCACAAACCCAUUUCCCCAAAACCCAAACCCUUCCUUCUUCACAACUGGGAUCCCGAUCGCCCAUCUCACCAACACUCUAACCUCUCGCCGUCCGCGUCCGAGGCCUUCUUCUCCAGCUCCCUCCGCCUUUCCCCAAUUGCUCGCUUCAUCGUCGACGCCUUUCGUAAGAAUCAAAAUCAGUGGGGCCCACCGGUGAUCUCUGAACUCAACAAGCUCCGCCGCGUUACUCCGGACCUUGUGGCGGAGGUUCUCAAGGCUUCUCACCGCCGUGAUUCUAACCCCAUUUUGGCCUCCAAGUUCUUCCACUGGGCUGGUAAGCAAAAGGGGUUUCAUCACAAUUUCGCUUCUUACAAUGCUUUUGCUUAUUGCUUGAAUCGCCACAAUCGCUUCAGGGCUGCUGAUCAGAUUCCUGAGCUUAUGGAUUCACAAGGUAAACCUCCUAGUGAAAAACAGUUUGAGAUUCUGAUUAGGAUGCAUUGUGAUGCCAAUAGGGGUCUUAGAGUUUACUAUGUGUAUGAAAAGAUGAAGAAAUUUGGGGUUGUUCCCCGUGUCUUCUUGUAUAACAGGAUUCUCGAUGCCUUGGUCAAAACAAAUCAUUUGGAUUUAGCUUUAUCUGUUUAUAGGGACUUCCAGGAAAAUGGGUUAGUGGAAGAGAGCAUCACUUUUAUGAUUUUGAUUAAAGGGUUGUGUAAAGCAGGGAGGAUUGACGAAAUGCUGGAGCUUUUGGCUCGGAUGAGGGCGAAUUUGUGUAAGCCUGAUGUGUUUGCUUAUACAGCAAUGGUGAAGGUAUUGGUUUCUGAGGAGAAUUUGGAUGGAUGUUUGAGAGUUUGGGAUGAAAUGAGAGCAGAUAGAGUAGAGCCUGAUGUUAUGGCAUAUGGGACUUUAAUUAUCGGAUUGUGCAAAGUCGGGCGGGCACAAAAAGGGUUUGAAUUGUUACAGGAGAUGAAAGGGAAGAGGAUUUUGAUAGACCGAGCUAUUUAUGGGACUUUGAUUGAGGCAUUUGUGCAGGAUGAGAAAGUUGGAUUGGCUUGUGAUUUGUUUAAGGAUUUGGUAGAUUCAGGGUAUAGAGCUGAUUUGGGAAUAUAUCAUUCUCUCAUUAAAGGUCUUUGUAAUGUAAAUCAAGUUGACAAGGCUUACAAACUCUUUCAACUAACCAUACGAGAGGAUCUUAAACCAGAUAUUGAAACUGUGAAACCUAUUAUGAUGAUGUACGUGGAGACGAGAAGAAUGGAGGACUUGUGGAAGUUAUUAACCUUGUUGCAGAAGUUGGAACCUUCUGCCGAUGAUGUUCUUUCCAAAUUUCUAUCAUUUAUGGUAGAGGAGGAGGACAAAAUAAGCACAGCUCUAGAUGUAUUUUGCGGCAUGAUUGAUAAGGGAUAUGGCAAUGUUGCCGUAUACAAUAUCAUCAUGGGGGCUCUUCAUCAGUAUGGGCAGGCAAAGAAGGCAUUAGAGAUCUACGAUGACAUGAAGAGCUCAAAUAUCAAACCAGAUUCCUCAACUUACUCCAUUGCCGUAUCGUGCUUCGUUGAAGUUGGAAAAAUCCAAGAGGCCUGUGCAUCUCAUAACAAAAUAGUUGAGCUGGGUUCAGUUCCUUCCAAAGCUGCCUACUAUUCUCUCUCCGAAGGUCUCUUCAAAAUCUGCGAGAUUGAUGCAGUCAUGAUGCUUGUUCGAGACUGCCUAGCAAACAUCGAGAACGGACCUCUAGAAUUUAAAUAUGCUCUAAUGAUUCUCCACGUAUGCAAAUUGGGUAAAGCAGAAAUGGUGAAUGAUGUUAUUAAUGAAAUGGUGCAACAAGAUUGCCCUCCGAGCGCAGUUGCCUACUCAGCUAUCAUAUCCGGAAUGUCGAAGUAUGGGACACUUGAUGAGGCAAAGAAAGUGUUUUUGCAUCUAAGGGAGAGCAGACAGUUGACAGAAGCUAACUGCAUUGUAUGUGAGGAGUUAUUAAUUGAACACAUGAAAAAGAAAACAGCAGAUUUGGUGAGAUGUGGAUUGAAGUUUUUCAAUCUUGAAUCCAAGUUGAAAGCAAAAGGUUGCAAGCUGCUGUCAACUUGAGAACAUAUUUAGACAAUAGAACAACCUGCACAAUUAUUUGUCUAACUAUUAUUUAUCAAAACUCUUCCUUGCUCACAAUGACAGUUUGAUUUUCAUACAUUCAAUUCCACAUAGCUUAAAAGGAUUUGUUGAAUGUCUAA